AACAUUUGUGUGUUAACUUAUCAAGUCAUGACUAGUGGAAAACCUGUUUAUUUAAGAACGUUAUUGCAUCCAUUUGAGGUUAGGACAAGUGUUGUAGUGAGGCAUGCAGGUGCAGCAGAGGAGUACAGCCUAAAUGAGCCAAGAUGUAACUCAGAUACGGGUUUGAGAGCCUUUCAAGACUGUACAAUAGGCAAGGCUUCCAGUGCAGGUCAAGGCCAGCAAUAACAUUGAACUUUUUAAGAAAAGACUAAAGACAUAUUAAUUCAGGGAUGCCUAUGAUGUGUCAGAUAGGACUGCCACUCAACAUUAUACUGUGUAACAUUUUAAUGUGCAAUCUUUAUGUUUGAUUACUUAAACUACAUUACUUGUAUAGCUAGAGUUUAUCGUGUGUGUGUGUGUGUGUGUGUGUGUGUGUGUGAUCAGUUUUUACAAUAUUUUAUACAGUACUCUGCUAAGUAUUGUGAUUGAUUGAUCGAUUAAUACAUUUAUUGUUGAAUUAAUCAAUAAAUACAAUAAAGGAGGAGGAUGGGCCUUUAUUUUUAUAUUUAAUUACUAUAGAAUAGAGGCUCUACAGAGCGCCACUAGUUGGCGGAGCAGCCUGCCAGGGUCUCAAUGUAAUGACAAAGAAUAAAGAAUAAAUAAGAUAAUAAUUGGUCACGUAGUCUCUAAUGGCGCGGCGGUCAAGGAGGAAGCCUAUCCUUAUCUUAACGUCAUUUCCUACGUUACCCUGCGGCGGCGGCGUCCCUUACUGCUCUCAGGGUGGAGGCAGAGUGGAGCCAGCACGUCCUGCCAGCCAAUCUUCCCCAAGGCUCCCUGCAGGACUGGCUGUGGCGUGUGCUGGUGGUGCUGCUGUGGUGGAGGCCGUCAUCCCUACCACCACCAUGGAUAGUCACCAGCAGCACCAGCAGUCAGCCUCAGGUGUGGGGAGACACAGGCUUGUUAGGAAUUAUGAGUGUGGUGAGUGUGGCAAGACAUUUCCCUACAAGUCUUCCCUCACCACACACAGCCUGUCACACAGUGGUGUUAGGAAUUAUAAGUGUGGUGAGUGUGGCAAGACAUUUACCAGAAAGUUUAACCUCACCACACACAGCCUGACACACAGUGGUGUUAGGAAUUAUGAGUGUGGUGAGUGUGGCAAGACAUUUACCACAAAGUCUUCCCUCACCACACACAGGGUGACACACAGUGGUGUUAGGAAUUAUGAGUGUGGUGAGUGUGGCAAGACAUUUACCAGAAAGUUUAACCUCACCAUACACAGCCUGACACACAGUGGUGUUAGGAAUUAUGAGUGUGGUGAGUGUGGCAAGACAUUUACCACAAAGUCUCACCUCACCACACACAGCCUGACACACAGUGGUGUUAGGAAUUAUGAGUGUGGUGAAUGUGGCAAGACAUUUGCCUACAAGUCUUACCUCACCACACACAGGGUGACACACAGUGGUGUUAGGAAUUAUGAGUGUGGUGAGUGUGGCAAGACAUUUACCACAAAGUCUUACCUCACCACACACAGCCUGACACACAGUGGUGUUAGGAAUUAUGAGUGUGGUGAGUGUGGCAAGACAUUUGCUUACAAGUCUCGCCUCACCAGACACAGGCUGACACACAGUGGUGUUAGGAAUUAUGAGUGUGGUGAGUGUGGCAAGACAUUUGCCUACAAGUCUUCCCUCACCACACACAGCCUGACACACAGUGGUGUUAGGAAUUAUAAGUGUGAUGAGUGUGGCAAGACAUUUACCACAAAGUCUCACCUCACCACACACAGGGUGACACACAGUGGUGUUAGGAAUUAUGAGUGUGGUGAGUGUGGCAAGACAUUUACCACAAAGUCUCACCUCACCACACACAGGGUGACACACAGUGGUGUUAGGAAUUAUGAGUGUGAUGAGUGUGGGAAAAGAUUUGCCACCAUUUCUAAGCUUAACAAACACACCUUCAGACACACUGGGCUGAGGGACUUUAAGUGUGAUGAUUGUGGCAAGUGUUUCAAGACAAAAGUUGACAUUGCACGCCAUGUCAAGAUCCACUUUUGAGGUGGUGUGUUGUGUGGACCAGUGGCGCCACACCCGUGCUUGUAGUGGUGGCGGGGGUGGGGGUGGUGGUUGUCUUUUUGUAAAGGAGUUUCAAUA